AUGCAUGAUAGGAAUGGGAGUAGACUCCCCUCCAGUGCUAGUGUCUCAAGUGAUCCUUUAGAUAAAGUCUCGUAUGGUUCUGCCUCCCGUCUUAAAGGUUAUAGCUCUGCUAGACAUCGACAGUCCUCUCAAGCCAACAGGCCUAAUAGCAGCAAUGGUUAUACUGCAUCAGCAACUCGCAGAGAGGCUUCUACUCACAGCUACAGCAGUCUUAGCAAUCACAGUACCAGCAACAGCACUACUCCAGCUCAUACAGGUGGAGGUCCCAUUCGAAUAGCUGGUCAUCAGAAACUAGCCUCUCCUCCCCACAAGACUAAUAAUACCACUUCCAAUAUGUCCAGUAGCAGUCACUACGACGGUUCUUAUGGAAACAAAAUCAGCAGAGAUGGAUAUAGCAGGAACAACAGUAACUCUUAUUCUGGCACAGGAGAGUCCAGAUCCAACAACUUCAAUCAUACUAGUAGAAGCUACUCUAGUCAUAGGGAACAUACUCCUCGUCGUACUCCAACUCAUGUACAGAGACCAUCCACUCCACUCCAUCAAAACAACUGGCUGGUAUCCUUGGCAGAUAUGCAAAACAGUCCAUCUAUAAAUGCUGGAUUCACUUUUGUCAAAGAAACCAGCUGUAGAAUGAAGGGUUGCAUGUUCAUGGCUACAGUUGGGAUGGCCAUUAAUGUCACUCAAACUUCUAUCGGAAUCGCAUGUGUCUUGUUGCAUAGAUUCUAUUUAAGAAACUCUUUAAAGGACUUUGACUUUCAUGAUGUGGGUGCUGCAUGUCUGUUUCUUGCAUGCAAAAUUCAUGAAACCCCAAAGCGAUUCAAAGAUCUUAUAAUAGCAUGCGCUCGAAAGUCUCAUAAAGACGAUUCUCUCCCUAUUAUUGAUGGAUCAAAAGAGUUUCGACGAUGGCAGGAAACCAUUCUGUAUCACGAAGAGAUAGUUUUGACCUCGUUGUGCUUUGAUCUAAAUGUAGAUACUCCUUACGAUAUACUUAUGCGUAUGGGAACUGAACUAAAUGUUACAAAACAAUUAAGGCAAAUUGCAUGGAGUAUUGUCAAUGACAUUUUACGAACCACGCUAUGUGUUAGAUCUACUCCAAGUUGUAUUGCUGCAGGCUCACUAUUGUUUGCCAUCCGCAUAUUAGACGAUCCAGAUGGUGAAGGAGUAUCAGAACAAAAAUUUUGGGAAUUGUGUAAAUGCGAUCAUUCAAAAGUUGAAGCGGUAAUGGAAGAAAUCAUAGAAUUGUAUUCAUCACAAGAACUUUCACAGCAUUUAAGUCGCAGAGAUCAUCGCAAAGUGACGGCAUCGACAUCUAGAAAGUAA